CAAUUGUGUCUGGCCGAAGGGGCUAAGCGUGCCGCGGAGCCGCAGGCCUUGACCACCAUUCCUAUUCCCGCCGAUAAGAAGAACUCGAACGGAUUCGUUUUUAGUUUGUUUUGUCUCUUGCAGGCAGCUCAGCGAUACGGAAGCAACAAUUGGAACAUCCAGAAUUCCCACUCCCCCGCACAUUUGAAUUGCGACAUACAUAGAGUGUGCCGUGUGAACCAGUAUCCCCCCCAAACCGAAUGCCAGUCUAGUGUUUUGUUUUGCAUCUGUUUCUAGUCCCUAGCCGGAAUUCUAAAUUCGCGGAUUUUCACCGCUCAGUCCCAGUCACUUGACAGCCCAGCCACAGCCGAAUUAAUCGCGCCAGAUUAAACAAACAAAAACAGAAGCAGUUCCACAUCGUGCCAUUUUAUCUGGCCAGAGGCAUAGGCAUAGCAGACGUGAUUACGUGAUUAGCAGUGCCGCGGGGGCUGCGGUUUUAUCAAUAGAAUAGCAAGAGCAACAGCAACAAUGGUUUCCUACUUCGUACCUCGAGGCCGCUUCCUCCUGAAGGCCGGCAAUCUCAGACAGGUGGUGCAGCAGCAGCAUCAGCCGACCCAGCUUCAGCUGCAGACCAUCAAAGGACCCCAGCCGCAGGCUCAGAAUGCCAGUCUGCCGGUGGCCCGACACUUUAGACAGUUUUCCUCGAAUUCCGCCUCCAAGGAGGCGCAACUACACCACAGGCGACCACAGCACAAGCAGCAACAACAGCCCAAUCCCAGCCAGGAGUUGGCUCAGCUCCGGCGCAAUAUACUCUCACGAUGGACGGGCUUCCUGCUGCGCUGGGCUCCCAUGGGCAUCUGUGUGUUUGGCGCCAUCGAGUGGCAGCUGCAGAAGCGUCGCUGCGAACAGGAGGGUCAACCCAGGACCGCCUCCGAGCUCCAGUCGCGCAUCUACUGCUCCCUGCCACUGCGCAUAAUCAGCCGCUGCUGGGGCUGGCUGGCUGCUUGCUACUUGCCACCGAGUCUGCGUCCAUAUGUCUACGGCUGGUACUCCAACACGUUCAAUGUCAAUCUAAGCGAGGCCCAGUAUCCGGAGUACGAGCACUACAACAGCCUGGCCGAGUUCUUCACAAGACCGCUUAGGGAGGGUGUUCGCGUCAUCGACCAGAAGGCACCGCUCGUCUCCCCAGCCGAUGGCAAGGUCCUGCACUUUGGUAGUGCCUCAGACUCUCUGAUCGAACAAGUCAAGGGUGUUAACUACAGCAUCGAGGACUCUGGGCCGUUGGAACUUUGACAGGCCAAUUCCGGUGCCUCCUACGCGCAGGCACUCAAGAAGCAGAGCGAUGGCUCCACCGAGCUGUACCAGUGUGUGAUUUAUUUGGCCCCUGGAGACUACCAUCGAUUCCACUCACCUACCGAAUGGAAGCCCAGCAUCCGACGUCAUUUCUCCGGCGAGCUGCUCUCCGUGAGCCCCAAAGUGGCCGGCUGGCUGCCUGGCCUGUUCUGCCUUAACGAACGUGUGCUGUACAUGGGCCAGUGGAAGCACGGAUUCUUCUCCUACACCGCCGUGGGUGCAACUAACGUGGGAUCCGUCGAGAUUUACAUGGAUGCCGAGCUGAAGACGAACCGUUGGACUGGAUUCAAUGUCGGCAAGCAUCCGCCCAGCACCUACGAGUAUGAUGAACUGGCUCUGAACCAAGAACCAGCUGCAGUGCCCAAGGAGUUCGGCAAGGGCGACCUGGUGGGUCAGUUCAACAUGGGCAGCACCAUUGUCCUGCUCUUCGAGGCGCCCAAGAACUUCAAAUUCGACAUUGUCGCCGGCCAGAAGAUCCGUGGCGAGUCCUUGGGCCACAUUGCGGGGGCCAAGUGAAAGGAGGAGCCCCAAUCAUGUACCGAAUCAGUGCAAAGUCCUGUCACCCAUCUGUUCACAUCACUCGUUGUAUUAGCAUUAGACGCUCGUGUCUCAGGCAAAUGUAUUUUGUGAACAUCCUGCGAAGCUAAAACUGUGUAUUGUUGCCAUUUCUUUAGUCGUAAGCUAUAUUUUAUACAAUAAACGUCGAAAUAUCUUUGAGAACAAUGAGA